CAGUAACCACUAACCAUAGGCAUGGACGUAUUAAUGGUUUACCUACCCAAUUUUUGGGUUUUGAUUACUUAUUUCUCACCUAUUUUGUGAAAAUUGUAAUUGUAAUUAAUUAAAUUAAUGAAUUUGGUUGAUUCCGAAUAUUAUAUAGUUUUGGAUUUUAUGGUUUUGAUAAGGAGAAAAUAUUUUAUUACGAGUAACUAUGUGUAACAUCUAUAAUAAAUAAGUUCUAACAUCACCUCUUGGAUCCGGGAAACAAUAAUAAUUAAUCAAUAGGUACUUCAUUCUUAGCACAAAUCAGUAAACACAAUAAUGCCUAACCUCUGUGAAACAUUAGUAGAUGAAAUUGCAGAAAGCUGUGUCAGUUUAUAUAAAAAGCUACCGAAAACUGGUAAACCUGUUGAUAAAGAGUGGACGGUGCUGUCUUGUAUAGUGCAAUAUCAAAAGGACACAAAAAUGCAUGAAGUAGUUGCUUUGGGCACUAGAUCAAAAUGUAUUGGAGCCACAAAGAUGUCACCUCAAGGUAACAUUCUCAAUGAUUCUCACUCUGAAGUGAUCGCACGGCGCGGUUUUUUGUUAUAUUUGUAUGAGAAUGUAACAAAUGCGGUUGAAAAUCGGCAAUCAAUAUUUUUAAAAGACAAUAUUAAAUUUAAAUUGAAAGAUAACAUAGAGUUUGUUUUUUAUUCAUCACAGAUGCCUUGUGGAGAUGCAUCGAUAAUACCUAAGACUGGAGAUUGCAGUGAUAUUGGUGAGUUAAUAUCAGGUGACAAGAGAGAAGCUCAGGAUGAUUUAUGUGAUGUAGAGAUUAAAAAGAAAAAGCUAGACAUCCACAGAACUGGAGCCAAAUGUCUGUCCUAUAAUCAGCAAGACCUUAAGGAGGCUGGACAGGCGUACCAUUUAGUAGGACAAGUGCGAACAAAGCCUGGACGAGGAGAUCGUACACUAUCAGUGUCUUGUAGUGACAAGAUUGCUCGGUGGAUUCACUGCGGAGUUCAAGGCAGCCUAUUAGAUUUAUUAUUAUAUGAAUCUCUAUUUAUUAAACAUUUUAUAUUUGGGUCAGGUGUACCAUACUCAGAUGAGACAUUACACAGAGCUCUUUUGCAGAGAGAAUCUAAAGUCAGUAUUACUGAUAGAUUAAAAGUAAUACCAACCUUCUAUAAAAGCUCAUUGAUAUUUCCUCAUGUAAGAAGUAAAAGCAAUGAAAGGCCUGCAGCAGGCAGCAUUGUAUGGGUCAAAACAAAAAAUAGAAUACUAGAAGUGGCUGUUCAAGGUAAAAAGUUAGGUGUUACAAAGAAAAGAGCAAAUGAUAUGAGCAGUAGUGUUGCUAUCAGUAAAAAUAAUUUAUAUAACAAAUAUCUGGAAGUGUUACAUAAAAGUAAAGAUUUAAAAGUCCAUAUUUGUGGUGAACAAUCCUUACAAAGUAUCCCAUACAAUGAAAUGAAAAGAAAAGCCAUCAUGUAUCAGACUCGGUGGAGAAGAACAAAAGAAAUAUUUUUUAAAUCAUGGACAUUGAAACCAGAUAUUUGGAAUUUUUGUAUUAAUAUAGGACCAUGAUAGUUAUUAAUUAUUAAUUAAAUUUUCUGUUUUGUUUUGAUAGAUAAUGCAAUUAAUAAUAUUAUGUUGACUUGGAGUUUUCAAAUGUGUAGAAUAAUA